AUGACUGCGGCCGCACUGGGCUCCCUGCUGCUGCGGCGCAUCCAUGACAAAGCGCUCAUGAUGGUGGCCACGACUGACUGCGAGGACAAGUCCUUCACUGGAACCAAAGUUUCUAAACCGCUCAUGGAGAAGAAGAGGAGAGCUCGCAUCAACAAGUGUUUGGAUCAGUUGAAGUCCCUCCUGGAGAGCUCCUACAGCAGCAGCAUUCGAAAACGCAAACUGGAAAAAGCGGAUAUAUUGGAGCUGACGGUGAAACAUCUCAAGAACCUGCAGAAGAAUCAGACCUUUUCAGCGCCGGCGUCGGAGCUCCAGUCCGGCUUCCACAGCUGCCUUGCAAACUUCCACCACUACUUGAUGAUGGCUGAGAACCUCAACUGUCGGGACCGCCAGAUGUUGACCCAGUUAUCCGGCAAGCUGAGCGGAGGAACCGCUCGAGAAGCUUCCAGCACCAUGGAGAGCGGAACAGAGUGGCUCCCGGCAGAUCUGAAGUCACCUUCUGCAGUUAUCAAACCUCACACUUCAUCCUGUCACCAGACCACACGGUCCAAACCAGCCAAACAAGAUAGGCCACUGUCUGUCGACAAGAAGAUCCACUCCGGGAGAGAAGAUGUGAGCGGACAGAUGUGGAGGCCGUGGUAG